ACCACGAAAUAUCCACAAGACAAAUUCUCAAACAAAAAUCUUGGCUUUCUAAACAGCUUUGCUCGUAUCUGAAAAGAGAUGGAUUUCAGGGUGAUGGGUUUGGAAUCUCCACUGUUUCACACGCUGCACCGGAUGAUGGACAUGUCGGACGAGGGUGCAGGAGAAAAGACACACAAUGCUCCGACACAGACAUACGUGCGAGACGCGAAAGCGAUGGCUGCAACAGCUGCGGAUGUGAAAGAAUAUCCGAAUUCCUACGUGUUCCUUGUCGACAUGCCGGGGUUGAAAUCCGGUGACAUAAAGGUUCAGGUUGAAGAUGAUAACGUGCUUUUGAUUAGCGGGGAGAGAAAGAGGGAAGAAGAGAAAGAAGGGGUGAAGUAUCUGAGAAUGGAACGAAGAGUUGGGAAAUUCAUGCGGAAGUUUGUUUUACCUGAAAAUGCAAACACUGAUGCAAUCUCUGCUGUGUGUCAAGAUGGGGUUCUUAGUGUUAUUGUGCAGAAAUUGCCUCCUCCUGAACCUAAGAAGCCUAGGACUAUUGAAGUGAAGAUUGCUUGAUAUGGAAGAACAGAACAAAUGAAAUGUUUGUGUCUCUUAUUUGCAUAUAGUUGUUCACUUUCACUGUUACAAGAUGUUUGAGUUUGGUUUUGUUGUAAUUUCUUAUUAAUGUCCUCUGUUGCUUUCCAGUUUUGUGAUAAUUGCAGCAAUGAUUUGGUUUAAUUAUCUCAGA